GUUUUUUCUUCAUCCGACGGCUGUUGUAAGCUAGGAUUCGUAUCAAGACUCCAUCUUAUCCAUAGAGUUAUACAUCCGGCCGGUCCGGUAGAUGCAAACACUAAAUAGCGCACUAUAAGAUUAAAAGCGUACAUUCUCAUUCACACGUGAAAUACUUAGACGUUAUGAUUAGAAAUGUAACGUUGUAUUCUUAAGAUUACUGGUAAAACUUUCACACCUGGAGACAGAGGAUGAAUAAAGCAUAUGAAAAGACGAUUGACGGUUUUCUGAGCAGUGGUCAAAUCUCCUGCCUACCUUGGGAUCAACUGAAAGAAUGUCUGCGUGGAACUGGAACCAAAAACCUGCAACAAGUAACAUCUCUGAAAAAGUUUGGAGCAGUUUUGAAGAAGCAAACCGUUGGAUCCAUCUCGGACACAGAAAAGGAGCUGUGCUGUGAUAUACUGACGCAGUUAUGCGUAACAGUGGAUCCCAAGGGGGCAUUGCAUCGAGGUAUCGUGAGCAUCCUUCAAGGUUUUCCCACUGGCGACCAUGAGUUGGUUUCCAGGAAGCUUAGUAAUGCCAUCAGUAAUCAAGUAGCGUCAUGCUCCUUGACGGAUACCAGCGAGUGUCGGAAGUGUGUGGAUGGGGUGUGCGGACUGCUUGACAACUCCCUGGGAGAACGCAGCUUGGCAGCAGUGUUUGGUCAAGUUGUCACAUUUCUGAGUGAGGUCCUGCAUAUCUUCAUGGGAUCUACAAGGUGUUUUAUGGACACAGUCGGUCAAAACGAAGCCAUGUACAACUGUAUGGCAGCCAUCAAGGCUAUCAUUGCAGUGGUUCAGAGAUGUUACUCGCUGGAGAGUCAUGCUUGUGAUGUGAGGAUUGUACAGAGAACAAUGGAAACAAUGGUGCAGACAAUGUGGGACAUUUUAUCGGACGCCUCAUAUCUUGCUGAUUGUCGGAGCGCUGCUGGCAUGGCAUUGGUGCUCCUCCAGCGUUCACUGGUUACCAGUGACGAGAACCAGCUCUGUCGUGUGAUAUAUUCAUCUCUUUUUGGUCAUCUGUCUGCAUCUACCUGCUUGUGUGCACCGUCGCGGUUUGACACCACAAUUCUCCCAGCUCAGUCCUACCUGUUUGUCUGCCACGGAGUCCUGGCCAUGCUAGACCCCAGGGAUCUCAUGGCCAAGGGCCUUCCUCUUGAAGGACAGUGCCUGCUGCUCAACGUGCUCUUUCCUGAGAUACUGGGGCUGACGGAAAGACUGACAGAGCCUGGUUCGGCCCUGAUAGCUGCCAGAACGCUCACACUCUGGACCACUACAGCUGUGGUUGCCAUGACGUCAGGUUGCCAUGACUACAGCGAGGCCAACUUUGUGGGGUCGGCCGAGAUGUCCCAGAAACUGAUUCAUUAUGUGUGGACCAACUGGGACCAUCCAAUAGACGGUAUCCGAUACCAGACUAAAAGUAUUUUUGAGAAUGUUCUGCAGCUUCAUGUGAUCACUAAACAGAAAGCAGAUUACAAGCCAUAUGAGGAUCCCUUCUUACUCGACCUUCUAGACUCGCUGGUCGCUGUGAACUGGCAUGUGAGGGGCAAGUACAUGCCACUCGGUUGCCUAGUAACACACGUCGGAGCCGAGCAGAUUCUCGCAUCCUAUCCCACAAUGCCCCUGGAACUUCUCCGCGUCUUUGGGGACCAAACGCUGGCACCCUAUGCCUGUGAUCUUCUGGAGAGAUUAUUCACCGAUCACAAGUCUUCCCUGACGCAGGACGGCCAGGAAACCGAUGGCGUAGGCCGAUGGCAGGAGACUUGGAUUGUGCCCUUUCUGGAGUUCCUCUGCAGUCCAGCCACAUCCAAGGAUCAGAAAACCUACCUGAUAGAGUAUUGUGUUCCCAGGCUGCUGAAAUGCAGCCCAGAAAGUCUAGGAUUCAUCGUCACUCACCUACACAGAGCCAAUGGCAGCUCAUCUCCGUCCAUGGCCAAAUCUGGACUACUGGGGGCGCUAGUCACGUGCCUCAAGACCGCCCGGUCCAUGGGCCUCAUCAGAGAGCCGGACGGGAAAGGUGAAGCCGAUCGCGAUGGCCAAUCAGAGGCCAGCCUGUGGAAGGGUCUGGUACCCUAUGGCAAACUGAAGGAAGCUUUGUGUCACAAGGAGAGUCAGGUCAGAAUCGACGGCCUAGGUCUUCUCUGCGACUGCAACAAAACCACGGAGGCUGUCUCAUCCAAGGAACUGGCUCUACUACAGUUCUUCCUGAUGUUGAACAUUUGUAGUACCUCACCAUCAUUCAGACAGACAAUGGGUGCUCAUCUUAAAAAGCUCUUCAUUAGAAUUCGAGAAAAUGGCCGAGUGUGUCUGAAACAGUUGACCAAGCAACGAAAGCAGGACAACUUGGAUAGCAGUUCCUCUGCUGAAGUCCAGAUCAAGAUAUACAAGGAUUUCAUGUCUUGGUUGAUAGGCUUUCUGUUUGAAGCGCUUAAACCGGGCAGCUCUUAUCCAAAGAGGGCAGUAGCGCUACACACUCUCAAGACAGUAGCUCAGAUUUAUGACUGCAAAUCCAAAGGUAGUAAGUCUGCAUUUUUUGACUUGAAAGAAGUCUGGACUCCAGACCACAUCCAGCUACUAUUGCACAGGCUGACCGACCCCUAUGAGAGUAACAAGGUCAUGGCUUUUGACCUCUUGAGUGACCUUUCACAAGAGACAUUAGAAUUAAUAGACCAGAAGUAUCGCCAACAGCUGUACACAGAUGCUAUGCAGCUUGCAUCUAGUAACAAACCCCACAACUGCGAGACGGCUUCGUAUGUGCUUCGUUUCUCGGCCCACGGGCCAGCCCAAUCUCCGAGAGGGACUGGUAUCGACCUGUCCCAGAGCAUCAUGGGAAUUCUCACCGAUCUGUGCAGGAAUUUGACGGAGGAGGUGGGCGUGGCUAAGGGCAGUUUAUUGGAGGCGGCUGUUCAGGGUCCCAUGUAUGGAACGCUGCACUGUAUCAGGGAGUUGCUAGCCGAUGUUGACCUUAGGACCGUAUCCCAUUCUGAAGGCUGGCUGUCUAUGAUACCCAAGCUGAUCAAGCUGUGCCUGCAAGUUGCUGAGGCAGCCUCCGUAGUCGUGUGUAACUCCUCCCCAGAAGGAUACAUACCAGAGGAAUCUAAUGCUGCGCUUGAAAAUCCAGACCCAGGAUCUGAAGACGAGAGCUCAUCAAUUCCCCCAGAAGUUGCUGCCAGCAAGGCCCAUAAGGUCACUCCUCAGAUGGUACUGGUGUGUUGCUGGCGUAGCAUGAAGGAAGUCUCCCUGCUGAUGGGUCACCUCGCCCUGUCAGCACCGCUGAGUUUGGAUGACUCCUCCCCUGGUCUCAUCUCGCAACACCAGCUGGAAGAGAUCGGCCAUUUCUUCCUGCGGUUGUUGAGGGAAUCCAAGCACAGAGGAGCCUUUGAACUGGCCUAUGAAGGAUUCAUCAUGCUGACAACACGGCUUUGGAAGAGUGAGUUGGCCUCGUUACACCAGCUUCCCAAGCAAUGGUUACAGGACCUUCUAUCUGACAUCACUGCUAGCCAGUCAAUGCUGUGUGCUACACGACGCAGUGCUGGUAUACCUUUUGCCAUACAGGCCCUAGUUGGCUCGGAGCCCAGCACUCAAGGGAAGGCUUGCUUCAAGCAUGCUAUGGAGACUCUGCUCAAUCUUGCCCUACCUGACUCUGUAGAAACCGAUGCCAUCACUUCACAGAUUCAUGCCUUGAACAUUCUACGAGUCCUCUUCAAGGAUGCCCGUCUCGGUGAGGAUGUGAUACCGUACAUAGCUGAUGGAGUCAAGGCAGCCAUUCUUGGCUUCGCUGCUCAACUCUGGGCUGUGAGGAAUUCAUCCACUCUCUUGUUCAGUGCUCUGGUGACAAGGAUCUUUGGCGUUCAGCGGGCUAAACAGGACCAUGACCGCAGGAACUGCAUGACUGGGAAGGAGUUCUUUGCCCGGUUCCCUUCCCUCCACCCAUUCUUAUUACAGCAGUUACAGGAGGCAACCAGUGUGAACACAAGGUCUGGAACUGCCCGUCUGCACCCAAGUCUGUUCCCAGUCUUACUGCUCCUCUCUAGGCUGUACCCAUCGCCUAUGGAUGGCUCUCACACCAGACUCAGUAUGGACCAUUUUGUACCCCACGUUCUCAGCUGUGCAAGAAGUGCUGUCUACAAGACCCGAGCCAUUGCGGCCAGGGCCCUUGUACCGCUAGUCCCUGCCCAUCACCAGCUGGAUAUGCUGAAAUAUCUCCUGGGUCUACUGCCCAAGACUUUAGACCAACCAACUCAUCACAACCACAUCCAUGGAGUGCUUCUACAGAUUCGUGAGGUUCUUGAAUGCUCAAUUCAAGUGUCAAGCAGUCAGGAGACUUGCUCGUCUCUGCUAGAUGUCAUGUCAUCAAGUGCUGAUUAUGUCUGGCUAGCCUCCGAUGACAACAAGUGUUGUGUGACCCGGGCUGCGUUCCUGGACAUCCUAGAAACUUUCCUUUUCAAGGCCUCUUCUUUAUCAAGUGCCGUCAUCCCCAAAGAGAAGUCCCUAGAGCAACUUAAAACAGCGACAGCUUCGAUCGCUUCGGGGUUGAUCCGAAAUCACGCCAUCCAGACCGGAUCCUUGCACCAGCCAGGGUGGGUCACUCUGCAGAAGACGUGUGCCUCCAUCUGCCUGAGUCAGAGAUACGUUCAAGAAUCUUCUCAAGAUGCUUCUUCCUCUCCGGAGGUUCCUGAUGCUGGCAUGAGACCUGACAAUCCACUGAACACUGAUGGAACAGACAUGCUCUUUCAAUCUCCCAAUAAUUCACUGGAACUUGACCCAGAUUCAGCAGUUGGAUACAAGCAGGCUGAAUUCAGUGACGGGUACCAGUCAGAGCAGCCGCCUGGCGCCAUUCUGAUCAGUCUUCUCUGUUCGUCGUUGUACGAGGUCAGGCAUCUGACCUUGAGUCACAUGAUCGAGAGCAGCAGCGGCCACCCCUCGGAGUCGAUCAUAACAUCAUCGGGUAAACUGUUUCAGAAGCUGGUUGCUAUGGUAACAGAGGAGGAGCACGAAGAUUGCCUCAGUAAGGUUUAUGAGCUUCUAAGCUACCACCCCAUGACUUCCCAGUUUCCAUGGCAACAACCUGAACGUCACAUGACCUGCACGGAGUGUUUCCAAGCAGCGAUGGAUGUGGCCACUUUGCCCCAGCAGAGAGGAGACGUGAUGAGCUCUGUUAUACAAUUCAUGACCUGCUUGGUGCCAACAAUCCACUCCGAAUUACAUUCAGCAGAGCCUGGCAAUGUGGAGUUGGAAUACAAACUGCUCUGUGAUUGGUCACUUCUUCUGGAUCAGUGUAGUCAGGCUGAUCAAACUGUCCAAUCACGUCUCACUGUAGUGAAAGCCAUUGGCACGCUGGCCACGGUAACUCUGGUAGACUCCUCUGCAUGUUUAGGGAGUAUUCCAUUUACGCUUUGGGGGGUUGUGAUGAGACUGAUACAGGAUGAUGAUCUUCAGGUUCAGCAAGGAGCGAUGUCUUGCAUUAAAAAAGUGGCAGCUAUCGUCAACCAGUCCAGUGACCUGUAUUACAUGGACGCCCAGCCAUCCCUAGGCCUAUAUCUGGGUGUACAGCUCCUCACAUCCGUAUUCGUUGACAGAUGCCCAACAAAGUGCCUACAGACUCUCAUGGAGUGGGGCGUCGGUGGUCUGGAAGAAACUAGCUCUGAUCUCAACGAGGAGGCACUGGACGAGAGACUGUUUGACCAAGGAGAGGCCAACACAACCUUUGAGGGCGUUCACCUGGCCAAGAUCAUCAGGAAUCAACUCGAUGCUGUAGCGCAGGUAGUCAACAAACCACAGCCCUGUUCUGGAGACACUUCCAAUCAGAGCAUCGCAAUGAAACAGUCAGGGAAAGAUUCUUGCUCUGAGAUCUCAAAAACAGAGCAGGAACAUUCUCUACAAGGAGAGGCUGGUUGGUCUGAGACCAACCCAGCACAUGUUGGAGUUUGUGACGAAAAGAAGACCUCUGGUUUAGGAGACGGAUCUCAGCUGCAUGCAAUUCAAGAUGGCGGGCAGGGCAGGGGCGGGGUCCCCACUUCAGAUUGGAACCAGGAUGCUAGCCAGGGAACCAGUUUAAACGAACCCACUCUUCUCAUAGGAGAGGAUUUCCUUUCCCCAUCCAUCCCACUGAGACUGUCUCCUAGCACUGUGCAUCAGCUCCGGCAAUCUGCGCAGGACGGGAUACUAGACCUAGCAUCAAGACUAGAGGAACGCCUUCAGGUCUGUUUGCCAGCCUCCCCGUACCUGAGUGCAGGGGAGUGGGAGGCACAGUGCACAGACUGCUGCAGGAUUCUGCUCUUCGCAGAAGCCCUAACGAGUCUCGUGCCCAAAACUGUGGAAGCCAGUCUGGUAAAGAGAUGGGCGGAGUUACUGGAGGCAGUCCGGAGGAGGUUCCUUACAGAUGGAUGGGGUUCCUCUUGUUCGUUGGUGUCCGAACCUUUAGAGAAGCUUAAACUAUGGUGUUACUCAAUUGAAGAAAAUAACUGAUGCAAGAAGUGCACUUCAUUGAGUGUGAGUUUUUAAUUUUUUAAAUUGUCCCGUGUAGGUUCUGUGUUCUUCUUGAUGUUUGGACUUCCAGUUCUCAGGAAAAUUGAAGUGAAGAGCACUGUAUAUAUUUUUGCCUUUCCUGCUCUUAAAACCUUGUCAUAUUUUUCCCACGGCCAUGUGAAACAACUGUGAGCUUGAGCUGCUUAGGUUGGUUGGUGGGUGGGUGGGUGGGU